AUGGGGAAGCGGCUAUCUAGUGGCUCACCAGAACCAGCAAAAAAGCGGCGACGAGAGGAGCCUGACGCCAUGUCCAGCGUCCACAGAUUCAAAAUCGGCGAAAAGGCGAACGAAGAAGUAGCCCCUGCAACGCAUAAGCCCAUGAGCUCAAAGCUUGAAUUCUGCCUCACCCAAUAUGAUAUCCUCCAGCGGAUCGCUCGUCAUUCAACUUCGAUUGAUCUGUUUCGCAUAGCCUGGGCGUCAAAGACUGCUUGGAGAUCGAUUCGUAAGACAGAUGAACGCUGGCAGAAUCUCACUGACCGGAACCGCUGCUGCGGCUUCGGGGUACGUUAUCGGAAACAGGAUAUCUACUGCGAGGUCUCCAUCGGUAAUCUCGUGUAUGAUCCUUCUAUCGCUGCUGUUUGUGGCGGGGAUCCAAAUGAGAGCAUGGAUUCAAAGCUUUGUGUAUCUUGCAAGAGUAUGGUAUGCGACAAUUUCUGA